GUUGAGGUUUAAAAUAAGUCAAGUUUAACUUAAAAAAAUAAAUUUGAUUAAUACAAAAAGUGGUAAAAAAUGAAAUAAAUGGACAAGCCGGCGAGAAAUUGAAAAGCAAAGCCCCACUCAUCGGAGGCUCGGAGCUAAUUUAUCCCGCCGCACUCCGGACGCAAGAGCCGCAUCUGCCGGGAAAAUGUUGAGGCGAGCUCUAACACGCGCCGCCGGUUCGCUCCGGCAACGGCACCCCUGGAGAACGUGCGCGGCGCGGCAGUCUUCUUCGUCGUCACCAUCUGCUGCUUCCGCCACUGUAAACAAAGUUAUUCUCCGCUCCCUCAAAGAUCACUAUCUCGAAGUCUCCAAAAUGACUCCUCCUCCGAAAAUUAGCCCUCCUUCUCCAUUCACAGUGGUGAAGGGGGCACUUGAUAGUGGUGGUCCUGUUUUGACACGGACACAUGGCAACGAAGAGAUAAGUGUCCGUGUGAUGCGUUUGGCUAACAUUAUUCCUGGAGGAGAUGAGGGAAACGAUGAUGAUGGUGAUGAUGGGAUUAAUCAACUGUUUGUUCAUGUUGACAUAUCUAAGCCAGGUCAAAAGGAGUCCCUACAUUUUUUUUGUGGCUUAUAUCCUGAUGCGUUGGGCAUUCAUUCAGUCACAUUGAGAGCUAAGGAGGAUAUUGGGUUUCUUGAAGCCUCAAAUAAAUAUGGAGGUCCAACUUUUCAAGAUUUAGAUGAAGGGACCAGAGAUGCCCUCCACGCGUACAUCGAAGAGCGUGGAAUCAGCGAGAGCUUAUUCCCCUUCCUCCAAGCUUGGCUAUACGUGAAGGACCACCGGAAUCUCAUGCGCUGGUUCAAAACAAUUGGCACAUUCGUCGAUGAGGGUAAAACAGCCUCGUCUGUCACUGCCUAGUUUUCUUUACAUACUCUUAUCUGUGCAGAGUGAAGAAGACUGCUUGAAAACAAGGGCUAUGAAAAAAGUUGUCAAAAUCAUUGGUUUUCUAAUGUUUCUGCAAGAAGGUUAUUCCAUAUGUUACUUACUUUGCUGCUAGUCUCUUAAUCCAUUGUUUUCUACUCCCCUGUCCAUUCACUUUCUUUUUACUGGGAAAAAAAUGUGACUUGAAAA